AUGCCGCCUGUUCGGUCAACGAAAAAGAACUCGCACCUCGAGAGCAAUGCACAGCAGCUCAGCAUAGAAUCUUUUUUUACAAAAGGGGUCGCCAAGGACGCGUCAACGUCGAUAGCCAACCCGCCGGUCAUCUCUGUGGGAGCUUCCCCUGCUGCAACUGAAGCUCUUGCAGAUUCCAACACCCCCAUUCCCGUGCAGAAUGUCGUCGCCCCUGCUGAAGUUGAAGCUCCUGCAGAUUCCAACCCGCCCGACAACUCUGCGGGAGCUACUUCAGCUGCAGUUGGUGCUCUUGCGGAUUCCAACACGCCCCCUCCCGUCAAGAAAGUCGCCAACGCUUUCCAGGCACUUCGGCCCGAUUCCAAGGGACAAGUGGAAGUCUAUUUUCAGUCUGAUGCGGAGUGGGAGAAAAGUUGGCAAACGAAACUGGGCCACCGGACAAAGAAACUGAGCUUUGGGAGCUCGUUUGUCCUGACUAAGAAAGCUUUCCAAAUUUUGGACCAAUGGUCCCCAUCCAUGACAAUGAUAAAUGGCUUAUGCAUCUGCCGCAACCUAACACACUUCGAGUUCCAGCAUACAGAUGUCAGCUAUGGCGCGCACAAUGCGAAUGAACUCACCCCCGGCACCACUGUGCGACUGGCGCGUAUGUGUCCCAGCUUGCGUUUCGUAAGACUGCAAGGAUGCCGCAAUAUCCAGACUGACGCCAUGCUCAUCGCCUUCCUCUCCAACUGCCCUAAUAUAACCUAUUUAGAGCUUUCCGGCCCCGCUUCAAGCAAGAUUACACAAGCUUCCUUUGAUGCCCUGCUGGCGCAUCCAAAUUGGGCUCCCAAGCUCAAGACGCUGUGCAUUCCUCAGCCUGGCCCUUAUGUGAAACGGGAGAAGGCCUGGUUGAAAGCUCUGUGCGCGGUAUCCAAAGAACGACAGAUGCUAACGAUUCAGGUGACUAAUAUCAGUGAAGAGAAGAAAUGGGGUGACUGGGAGCUUACCACUUCGGCAACGGAAUACCGGAAAGGGAAGAAACUUCGGGUUUGGUAG